UUCUCCUCCUGGCCAAUGGGGGCGCUGCAGACUCAGCGCGUGUUCUAUAAACCGUCAGCCAUCUGCCGCAGUCAGUUAGCUCCAACGGGAAUGGAAAAUGGAGGACUGACCGAAGACAGAGUGAGGGCAUAUCAUCGGUAUUCCAAGUGUUUAGAUCUUUUAACCUUGUACCAAGACUGAAGCUUACUGAUGUGAAGCCUUUGUUUUGUUUGAAGAAGCACUGCUGACCUUCAGACUUUCAGUUUGAAAGUAGUGACUCCAUCAUCUAUGGAGGAGAAUGUGGGCCCUGAGCUCUCUCUAGCUCCUGAGCCAGAGCAGAGCCAGGACCGCAUGGAUAGCUACUCUCAAGGCUUGAGAGAAGGGGAUAGUGAACAGAAGGACCAGGUUCAAACAGGAGAUGACAAUGUGGCCAAAGAGUUGUUAGAGGAGCCAGAAAAAUCUUCUAAGGCCACCAGUGAGGUAAAGAAGACUUGGGGUUUCCGCCGGUCCACUGUUGCAAAAAGAGAGAUGCCAGUGGAGGCAGCAACCGACAGCCCUGAAAACCGCUGUCCUGUGCGGCGCAGUGGCAGACAGCCCAAGCGAACUGACAAACUAGAGGAAUUCCUCUUGACUACUAAAAGAGGGUCAAGAAAGAGUGCCCCUCCCAGUCUGGAAAGUGGAGACCCUCCUUCCCAAACUCCAACAGAUGCAGAGACUGCUUCAGAGGCCAGCUUUGAUGGUAACGCUGACUGCAAAGUUGGGGAGGAGAAAGCAGAGUCCCCAGAGAGGAGGACAAGAAGUGGUGUAAGGAAGCAGGCGCAGAGGAAAACUGGAAGUGGCAGACAGACCAGAGGAGGUGGUGGACCGACGGUCAAAGAUGAGGGAAGCUCUGAGAAUGAGGACGACUGUAGAGAUGCUGUCAAACAAGAUCAGUCACAGGAUAACAAUGUGGAGAAAACGGAUGAAAAGAGUAUUCCCACCUCUGAAGACGUAGGGAGCAAUAAUGCCGUGCAGGCUCAGCAGGUCUCUGAGAAGAUAGAGGGGGCGGAGGAGAAGAAUGAACAUGAAGAUAACGGUGACAAAGUCAAAAUGGAAAAUGAGGAUGAUGACGGUGCAGACAAGCCGGCAGCAAUGCCGGCAAAACGUGGACCAAUAAGAACUUAUAUCAAUAAAAAAAGAGCUGUCAAUAAGAACACUAUGCCUGUUAAGGCCCUUGCCGCUGCUUCUGUCAACAAGAACACUGCUCCUGUUAAGAAGGAAACAAAGCUUAGACCUACCCAAAGUGCUGGAAAGAUAAGCAAGCCCCAGACACAGGAAGACGAUGAUGAGAAUGACUCUUGCACAUCUUCUUCAUCUUCAUCCUCAUCAUCAGUUGAGUCUGACGAUGAUGGAGGCUACGACCCCAACGCACUUUACUGCAUCUGUCGACAGAAACACAACAAAAGAUUUAUGAUCUGCUGUGACCGCUGUGAAGAGUGGUUCCACGGGGACUGUGUGGGUAUCACUGAGGCUCGUGGGCGUCUGAUGGAGAGAAAUGGGGAAGACUACAUUUGCCCCAACUGCACUGCAAAGAAAAACCAGGUGGUCAGGCCUGCCACAUCUAUCCUCUCUGCAAGUGUAGAGGUCGGGAGGCCCAAAAUGGGCGUUUCUUCUCCAGUAAAUGUGAGCUCUCCUACAACUGCUGAGAGAACCAACACCAGUCUGUCAGCUGUUCAGGGUGUGACAGGGACUCCAUCCACAACUACUGGAACUGAAGAGAAAGCAGUAGAGGACCUGGGCAUAAAAGGCAGGAUAGAGAAAGCUACUCAUCCAACUGGAAAAAAGAAAAUAAAGAUCUUUCAGCCGGCAUUACAGCAGCCAGCUGAACCAAAAGCUGACCAGAAGGCCACAUCAACUGUAGAAAAGAAGGCAACAUCCACAGCAGAGCAGAAAGCAACACCAGACACAGAGCAGAAAGUUGCAUCAAACGUGGAGGUGAAAACGACUCCAACAGGGGAACCGACAGAGGGCAAGACCAUGCAGAAAGCUGAGGAUGACUCUUCUCUUCCAAAAUGUAUUGGUCCUGGUUGUGACAAUAAUGCUCAGCCAGACUCUGUGUACUGUGGAAACGACUGUAUCCUGAGACAUGCUGCUGCCGCCAUGAAGUCUAUCACUGAUGAGCCCCAGCAGAAGGACAAGGCCAAUGCUCAGAAAAACAAGUCCACACCAAAGUGGAGUGGCGCUAGUGGGAAGAAAGGGCAGAAGAGGAACCAGGGGGGCUCUGACAGUGAGGAAGACCGUUCCAAUCCAGAUGAGGAUGACGAAGAUGAGCAUGCUGAGGAACACCCACCCCCGCCGGCCACUGCAUCCUGGUCCAGCGACCAUAAUUACAUUGCAGUAACACCAGAAAAGACUACACCCAUGUCACCAACAGUGUUAAACAAAAAGUCCCCUCCCAAAGAGGAGAAGCAGAGUGAGAAGAAGGAGAAGGAAGCAGCUCCAGCACCUGAGAAAGCCGCCUCAGCCUCUGCAACACCAAGCAAAGCAAACAAGAAGCCCAGCCCAGCAACUAAAGCAGCCAAGGUUUCCUCGAAGGGCAAGAAGCCUUCAGUUCAAGCUGUCAGCACAAGGUCGUCCAAGAGAACUGUGACACCCCCAACUAAAACUGCGGCAAAGUCAAAGAAACCAGGCCCACCGUCCAGUCGUACCCAAUCUCAAUUCCCACCGGGUCCUAUCCAUGUCACAGGUGCACUGAGAGUCACAAAGUCCAACUUCACCAUUCCUAAGAAGCAGCCACAACAAAAGGACACAAGUUCCCACAGUCAGUCCUCAUCCUCUAGAGUCCCAUCAUCCCCUGUUUCAUCAGGGCCUUCAAGUCACUCUUCAUCCUCCAGACCUCCGCAUCCAGCAGCUUCAGCACUGGCAGUUUCCCCCAUGCAGCCUCCACCCAACAACCAGAUGAGGCAGAAUAUCCGCCGCUCACUGACAGACAUCCUCUUUAAGAGGGUGACUGAUAGUGAUGAUCUGAAAAUGACAGAAAGUGAAGUGGGACGACUGGCAGUUGGCAUUGAAAAGGAGAUGUUCAACCUCUGCCUUAGCACUGACAGCAAGUACAAGAACAAAUACAGGUCCCUCAUGUUCAACUUGAAAGAUCCUAAAAACAAAGGCUUGUUCUACAGGGUCAUAGGUGGUGAGGUGACUCCCUUCCGUCUGGUGAGACUAAGUGCUGAAGAGUUGCUUUCCAAAGAAAUAUCUGAAUGGCGAAAACCUGACACUCCUGAGGCUCAGUCUCCAAGUGCAAGAGGCAAUUCAGGACAGUCCAAACUGGGCAACAGGCAUGACUCUGGCUCCCAUAGCAUGGACAUAGAGGAUGCUCCACCAACAUCUGAUGCAGAUGUAUGUAUCGCUGUCUCUGCUUCGUCUUCUCGCAUGGCUUCUACUGCAGAACAAGAUGACUUUGACUCAACUCCUUCAGCUUCAGCUCAGUCCUCUGCUGCUGAGGGGAACAGUAGCAGCAGCAUGCCAGACAUUUUCAGUAGUAUGCUCAAAGACACCACUUCUGAACACAGGACUCAUUUGUUUGACCUCAACUGUAAAAUAUGCACAGGACAGAAGACGGAGGAUGAGCCUGCAGCUAAAAAAGCCAGACUCGCCAAGAAGCCUGAAACCAAGUCCCCCAGACAAGAGUCAUUUUCAUCUAGGUCAGGGGAUGUCUCUCCUGUCAACCAACCACAGGUUCCUGCGGCCUACCAGCACCAAGAUCCUUUAAUACAUCAGCACCAGGGCCCUUCAUCCUACCAUUCCAACAUGGAGGCAGCUGUUCCAGAAUCACAGCCGCAGCUCUAUCAGGAGGACAUGAUGGCAUCUCCAGCCCAGGCCACUGUACCCAUCACCCCCACCAUCUCCUCUGUCAGCAUCACCCGCAGAGACCCACGUAUGGCCAGACAUAGCUCUGGGGUGACUGUCACCCACCCUGCUCUAGAUAAACCCACUAGCAAUGCAGCAGAACUCCCAGCUCCUGUUACUGCUCCAGUGGAGGCUGGACCUAAGGCACCGCUACCGAUGCCCCCGGCUCCGCUGCCCUCAGUGGCUGUGCCCAAACCAUCAAAAACAAGUGCAUCGGAGCCUCCUCUUGAGGGAGAAACUGCCAUCUUUCUCCAUGGUCAGGAAAAGAUUUGGAAAGGAUUUAUCAACAUGCAGUCAGUUGCUAAAUUUGUGACCAAAGCUUACCUGGUCUCAGGAUCCUUUGAACACCUGAAAGAGGAUUUACCAGAUACCAUUCAUGUCGGAGGCCGGAUAUCUCCAAACACUGUGUGGGACUAUGUCGGGAAGCUGAAAACCUCGCUCUCCAAGGAAUUGUGUCUAAUCCGUUUCCAUCCAGCCACAGAGGAAGAGGAGGUGGCAUAUGUCUCUCUAUUCUCUUACUUUAGCAGCAGAAAACGUUUUGGUGUAGUGGCGAACAACAAUCGCCGCAUCAAAGACCUCUAUCUCAUCCCACUGGGCUCAAAGGACCCAUUACCCUCCAAACUUUUACCGUUUGAUGGGCCAGGUCUUGAACCGGCUCGUCCCAACCUCCUCCUGGGGCUGCUGAUCUGCCAGAAGGACAGAAAGCGUGCUGGUGCUGCAUUAGAAACUGAGGAGAAACGGUCCAAGAUUCAAACCAAAGAUGCAGAUGAAACUGGCCUCCCAAAACCACCUGCCUCAGUCAGAGCAGAAAGAACCACAAGGCAGAGUCUUGAAAUUCCCUUCAGCACGACUCCUCCAGGGUCACCUGCACUUAGCUCCUCUGAUACCACCGGUAACACUGUGACUGCCUCCUCUGUCUUUUCUCUAUUAUCCUCAGUUAAAGCUCCAGCUACUACUGGCAAGGACUCCCCAUCCUCAUCCAGCUCUGUUGCUUCCACUGCUGCUGCCACUCCUCUUCAGACCAUUCUCAAAACUCUUUUUGGGAAGGCAAAGCAUGACUCAGAAGCUUCCAACUCUCCAUCUGAUCAAGGUGGAGAACUCUCCGCUCCAACUGCUACAAUGCUAGACCCCAUUGUGCGGCAGUUUGCCCAAAGUUCUAAAGAAAAACCGGUAGAGGAGGAUGAAGAUGACCGACCAUAUGAUCCAGAAGAAGAGUAUGAUCCUAGUAGGGGCUAUAAUAUACCUAAGAAGCCCGUUGAGGUAGUAAGCAAACCUGAACUGUCGAGGCAGCCUGAGGAGGUAGCUAGUGAAACUGAUGAUGUUGCAUAUGACCCAGAAGAUGACUCCAUUUUUGAAGAGGUCAAAACUUUAGUGCCAGUUCAAGCAAAGGCUGCUGCUGAAUGUAUAACUGAUUCACAAAAGAUCCUGGAGAGCCUUAAACAGAUUGGGGAUCAGGCUUUGCCGAAACAGGGAGAACAGCAAACUCCAUCCACGUCUAGUGCCUCAUUGACACUCCCAAACACGCUCCUAUCUCAACCUACUAAAUCCCUUUUGGCCAAUUGUCAACUACUACAACUGGGCAAAAAGGUUGAAGAACUAGUGAAGUCUUCAUCAGUUGCUCCUUUGAUCAACCAGAAGAGAGAUCCCAGACAGAGCAGGGAUCCUCGGCAGGCUGCAGGAAGCAAGAAACCUGAUGAACCAGAGGACAAAGAGGAGGCAGCUGCUGAGUUGACUGAUCCUAUUCCUCCAUCACAGCCUGUGGAGCAAGAGCCACAGCUGCCUAAUACAGCUGAACUAGCAGACUCUUCACAAGGCCCAGAGACAUCAGUGCUUGAAGAGGAGCUGAAAAGUGAGACGCUGCUCUUCACAGAGUCUGACAAGACUGAGGUGUCAAUUCCCUUGUUAGGAGAGGAGGUGGAACCUGAUAUGGAGGUCAACUACAUGGAUGAGAAAGAAGUGAAAAAUGAGGAAGAUGAGCCAAUUAAGGCUGAGACGGAGUUGGACAAGUACAGUAUUUGGCCAAAUGCUGCCAGUAUUUUGAAAGCUGGUGAGGACUCUGAAUAUGAUGAGAACAGUCAAGAUGCACCAACUACAAGCUACUACAACAAAUCUGUAAACACAUCCACAAUAGCUUCCACAAUCCCUGUACUCACUCAGAGCACAGCAAUAGUUGACUCUCAGUCACAUCACAUGCCACAUCCCAUGUCUGCAUCAGGUUUCGAUGGCGAAUACAGACCUCCUGCUGACAUUCCUCCACAGUCUAACUUCCCCCCUCCCCAUUCCAUACAGGGACAAAACUUGUUAAUAAGGCCUCCGCCUAUACUACCACCUAUGCAGGGUCUUCCUCCGAUGUCAGGCCCUCCUCCAAUACAGGGGGCACCUCCACCCAUGCACGUUCCUCCCCCUGUACACGGUCCUCCCCCAAUACAAGGUGACAAUACUCAGCAGUACGGCCCACCUCCAUCUUCAUACCCCCCAUAUCAGAACCAGUGGCCAGGUACACAACCACCGCAGCAGCAGCAGCAGCAGCAGCCACCACCUCCUGGACCCCUGCCUCAGAAUAUCAUGCCACCCAGAGGACCACCACCACCAUUUCCUCCACUGGCCCAGAGAGGGCCUCCUCCCCAAAUGUUUGACCCCUCCAUUCCCCCUCAGCACAUUAGGCAACAAGGCCCUCCUCCAGGCCUUCCUCCACCACAUACUUUUGAUGGCCAGAACAGCUUACCCCCACCAAGAUUCACUGGUCCUCCUCCACCUUUUAAUUUCCCUGCAAGUAGAGGGCCACCUCCUCCACCUUUCACAACACCACUACCUGGUCACUUUGAUAACAGGCUUCCUCCUCCAGCCAUCUUUGCAGGGUCCAGGGGCCCCCCUCCAUCUCAGUAUGGUGACCAUGGAGCUCAACUCCCGAUGGCAGACCAACCUCGAGGACCUGCAGAACAGUAUAACAAAGACACUGCUAAUAACUCCUUCAAGUUAAAUGUGGACCAGAAUCCAAACACUUUCCAUAUGUUUAAAGACAGUCAGGGCCCUCCGCCGGGUACCGCCUUCCGGGGACCUCCACUCAACCAAUAUGAGGACAGAAGAGGUCCACCGCCCAGUGUUGAGAUGAGUGGACAUAUCUUCAGUCCUCAUAGCCAGUAUGGGUCCUCCAGACCACCAUCCUCACCACCACAUCGAGGAUCUUUUGAUGAGCUCCGAGGUCCUCCCCCUCAGGAGAAUAGACCUCACCCUUCUCAGCCUUUUGGAGGAUCAGAGCGGUACCGCUUCGACAGGCACUCGGACGAGGCUAGACCUGUCCGCCACAGUGGGCCACUGCUGCCGACUCCUCCAGAGGCCCCUCUAGGUCCUCCGAGCCGCAUUGGAGCUCACAGCCCAGAACUACACAGGGACGACCACUGGCGCCGCCUUUCUCCGGAAUUGAGGAGGAGGGUCAGCACUACCCGUGAGGACUCAGAACCUUGCAGUGGGGAUCGUUUCAGCCGCUUUGAAGGAGGACACAGAGAACUCGUUCCUGGUUCAUCGCAGCCCUCCGACGAGAGACAGAGGGAGCUGUCUGAGGACCGCCGUAGAGAGCGAGAGAGGGAUGUCACUCAUGCUGGCAGGCCCUCAUGGGACAGGGGGCAGGGAAAAAGGUGGAGCCGAGAGCAAGACUGGGACAGAGGCAGGGAAAGGGACCGAGAUCAGGAGCGUAGCCGAGAAAGAGAUCGCAGCAGAGGGAAGGAGGGCGACCGACACAGGGAAGCAGAGGGAGACCGACACAGGGAUCAAGACACAGACAAAAAGAGAGACCGAGAGCGAGACAGGGAAAGAGACAGAGACAGAACUAGGGACUCUGACCGGAGGGACUAUGACCGUGACAGGGGAAGAAACCGUGACAGAGAGCGAGAACGUGAGAGAGACAAGAAGCGAGACAGAUCCAGAAGCAGAGAUCGAGACCGGGACCGUGAUCGAGAUCGAGGGAAAGACCGGGGCAGGGACAGAGAUAGAGACAGAGACAGAGAUAGGGACCGAGACCGGGAAAGAGACCGAGAUAGGGACAGAGACAGGGACAGGGAACGAGAUAAGGAGAGAGAUCGAGACAAAGACAGAGACCGUCGGGAAAAGAGCAGAAGCAGAGAAAAGAAAGAUGACAAAAAGGACAGCAAACGUGAUUCCACCAAGGAGAGUGCUAAAACUGCAGAAAAUGACAAGAGGGUUUCCUAGGCUCUGUUUUAUGGACUUCACAGCACGGUUUAAGACUCUUGAUUUUCAUCACUGUAAAUGUAGAUGAGCAGUAUUUCGUUAAAUUUCCACAGUCGUGUUCCUAUGAGGAAAAAAAUUAAUGUUUGUAUUCUCUUUGUCACUUAAAGAUUUCUAAAUUUGUUUUAUUACAUGUAAAAAGCAAAAAAACUGAAGGCCAUCUAAGUUGCUUGUGUACAAGACAUAUUAGGUAUGCUACUGAUUCCUAUUACAUGUACCUUUCUGUUGUCGAAGCAGUUUUUUAAGAAAACAAUGUAACUGAUUAACACACCAUUUGCAAUAUGUAAAUAUAAAAGUUUUGUGUAUAUACUGAUGUUUUUAAUCAUACUUUUCUAAGUAGAGAAAAUAAAAGCCAUAUAUCUGAGAUGGAUAAAGUGAAGGUUACGGAAACACUGAGACACAAAUGUGUGUUUAUAUGUUCAGCAGCUUUGAACUAAAAGGCUUCAACUAUCUACAGUAUACACCCCCUAAAUGGUCGAUUAUGAGAUGUCCUGAUUUUGUUUCAGCUCAACCAAUUAAACGUGUUUGAUGGAA